AUAUCAAGAGCCGACAGAAAACUCUAUGGCGUACAGUUUCAUCCGGAAGUUGAUUUGACACCGUGUGGUUCCAAAAUCCUGCAUAAUUUUCUAUUUGACAUCGCCGGUCUUCAAGCCGAAUUUCAGAUGCCUAACCGUAUACAGGCAUGUAUAGACAAUCUUCGAGAAAAAGUCGGUCAAAACAAAGUUCUGCUUCUUCUCAGCGGUGGCGUGGAUUCCACCGUUUGCGCAGCGCUCACAUCCAGGGCACUGAACCCCGAACAGGUGGUUGCGGUUCAUAUCAAUACUGGCUUUAUGCGAAAGAAUGAAUCCGAGAUGGUCGUCGCGGCAUUACAGAAACUGAACGUCAAUGGUACUGCCUUGUCAUUCCAUUCUUUGGUUACUUGUCACUUAUCAAAACCCUGCAUAUGA